AUGGCGGAAGCGGAAGUCCCGCCCCUUUUCGCCUCCUCGCUCGCUGGCUGUGAGAAUGGAUUAAUUUGUUUAUUUUGGUUUGUUUGUUUAUUUGUGUUUCAGCCGCGCAAAAUCGAAGAGAUUAAAGAUUUCCUGCUGACGGCCAGGAGGAAAGAUGCCAAAUCUGUUAAGAUCAAGAAGAACAAGGACAAUGUGAAGUUCAAGGUGCGCUGCAGCAGAUACCUGUACACACUCGUCAUCACCGACAAGGAGAAGGCCGAGAAGCUCAAACAGUCUCUGCCCCCUGGUCUGGCUGUGAAGGAACUGAAGUAGACGCUUCACUUGUACAAAAAUGUUGUAAUAAAAAUCUGUAAAAUCUA